AACUGAAAGACAAGGCUUUGUCAGCCAGCCAAGAUGACAAAUCAUCCAAUAUGCAUGCUCUGGUGCCUCACAUAGCUGAACCCAACCCUAACCCAGAUCAAUCUCCCAUGCCUGCUGAUAGUCCAGAGGGUGCUGGCUUAGUGUCAAAUAGGGUCAAUGAUGAGGUUGAUGAUGAUGAUGAUCCCUUCUCAAAGAGAAGCAAAAUGGACAUUGGAAAUGCUGACAUCACUCCUAUAGUUAAGCCAAUCCGGGAACCACGGGUUGUUGUGCAAACACUAAGUGAGGUUGACAUAUUGGAUGAUGGUUACCGCUGGCGUAAGUAUGGACAGAAGGUGGUGAGAGGCAAUCCUAACCCUAGGAGUUAUUACAAAUGCACAAAUGUUGGUUGCCCCGUUAGAAAACACGUGGAGAGGGCAUCUCAUGAUCCCAAAGCAGUAAUAACCACCUACGAAGGUAAACACAAUCAUGACGUGCCUACUGCAAGGAGCACUAGCCAUGACACAGCAGGACCCACAGUUGCUACUGGGGGGCCAACAGGAAUUAGACCAGAAGAAAGUGAUUCUAUUAGCCUCGACCUUGGGAUGGGCAUUAGAUCAGCUGCUGAAAAUAUAUCAAACAGACAAGGGCAAUUGACGCUCUCUGAAUUUGGGAACAGUCAAACUCACUCCAGCAAUUCCAGUCUCAAGUUUGUUCACAAUUCCCCUGCUCCACCAUACUUCAGUGUUCUAAGUAGUAGCUCAAAUCCAUAUGGUUCUAGAGAACAUCUGAGUGAUGGCCCAUCUUUGAACCAUUCCUCUUAUCCGUGCCCUCCCAACAUGGGAAGAAUACUAACUGGUCCGUGAAGUUGUUCAGAGUGUAGCAGGAAGAAACAGGAAUAAAAUCUGGGUACAAGUUUGUUUUCAUCUUUUCAGCUGGUAAAACUCCAAAAGGUAAAGCAUCACAUUCUCAAUCUAAAGCUGCAAAUACUUCUUUCAUGCUUUAAAUUACCGUCUGAGACCCGCUCUGUAAGUUGCUGGAGUCUGAGUCUCUUGGGAUUGACUGAAAUCUAAUUGCCGUUUUCUGUAAUAGCUGUAAUUGUAAUUCUUCUGUACACAUGAAGCUGAUAUUGAAGUUGCUUCACUGGAUACCUUUUGUAAUAGAGCUUGAAUGGAACUAUUUAUAAGAAAUAACAUUUAGCGUUAUACUGAAUCUCAUGAUGUAAUCAAUCAAAACGUUGGAGAUUGUUAUACGUUCAAA